GGUCAUUGCUGCUGCCACCAUCCACCGACUCGUGCACAACGCGUUUCUGCCCUUCUUCACGCGUAGAACCCAACAUAACUGUGCAUGCUGCUAUAUAGACUACUUAAGCAGGAUUGCAAGCCAUGGAGACGCGUAGUUUGCCAGUGCGCGCCCUGUACACCAUCAAUAUCUCCCCGCAAUACAUGCUAGCGAGAUGCGACGAGACUAUGGACGUCGAGAUUAUACGCCCGGCGCCGCGUGCGGGGGACCCGGACGAUGCGGACGCCGUAGCGUUCGGCAGGAUCCCGCUACGACCGUGUCUGGAGGCCAUAUGUGACGCGAGUCCGGAGUUAUUGCUCGAUCCAAAUCGCGACUUCUCCGUAUAUGUCCGCGACCCGCUCGAAUCAUACAGCCAAGGCCAUCCCCCAGACUCGCUCGGCGUCGCACUCGGUCUGGGCCUGCUUUCUCGGGGGCUGCGUGACUCUGGCAGCAAGAAGGUCGUGGGCACCCUCAUGAACGAUAGCUCAGGAGAGGAUGCGCUCCAAGUGCUGCUGACAGUCAAGGAAUGCGCAGUUAAGCCAGGACAACCCAAGUGGGCUAACGAGAGAAGGAGUCUGCUCUCUACAACGCCACUUCCCAUGCGAGCUUCGUCAUCAACAUCCAAAUCAACAUCCACGACCUCCCGAAGCAAGUCUUCUGACCACAAACAGGCCAAGAGCGCGUCAAGCACAUCACGCUCCACUUCUGGGACAUCAUCUGCGAAACGAUCCAGUUCUUCCCAAGUCUCUUCCUCAGUGACGUCUGCGCAGACGGCUGCGACAUCACAUUCUACGAAGGCGGCCUCUCAGCCACCUGCUGAAUCCAACCCAAGCGCGCUGCACACUCUACUGUGCGCCCUUGCCGCCACGCCGGGGAAGAAUAGCGGAUUGCUUGGCGCCAUUUCUUCUAUCGACGCAUCCGCGACCACAGGGUCUGCCGAGAGUACCUCGCAGCCCAAUUCUGCCUUGGUAGAUGCUUUGCGCGUGCUACUGAGUGCGCCGCAGGCUCCGGUAGCUCCACCAGGUACCGUCUCUCCUGCCGACCUCACGCGAAACCCUACAUCGUCGUCUGCGGCUACGCAGUCGCAAAGUAUACCUGGGCACGCUUCGGGCGCCCAGACCCAAACCCCUGCGACGCUGAGAUUCUUGACUGCGCCUGGCCCACUUGCCCUACCUCAGGCAUUCACCUCGUAUUUCUCGUCGCGCUUGGCCGCCGCCUACGUCAAUGUGAAGCAGCAGCCGCCCGAAGAUGACGAGAUCGUCUUCUUGGACAAGGAGAACGUCAACCCCAGUGCCUUCAAGAAGAAAGAGCGUGAUGGGAAGGGGAAGGAAGUAUGCAAACCGCCUCCAGCUGCGUCCACUACCGUACCUGGGCCUGGAUUGGGUGUACUGCCAACUCCAGCCCCAACGCCUGCGGCUGGUACGACCGAACUACCACCCACUCAGCGUGCCCGCACAUCGAAGGAACCACCUGCAGCCGAAGGACAGGACGACCAUCAUAGGAGCCGCACCACCUCGAGUUCAAUCUCUAUCGAUGCGCACUACCGUGAUCACACGAUCUACCAUCCUGUCAUUCCCAUUCCGAAGCUGCGCGAGUUAGAGCACUCUUCAUCGCCAUCGUCGUCUUCCAGCCAAGGGGCUGCAGGGUUGGGAGGUAGAGGUAUGAAGCGAAAGCGGACGCUGAGCGAAAUCAUGGAGGAAAAGGAACGCGAGCGAAAGCGGACUCUGACCAGCAGCGCGGAGACUGCUGACGCGGAGAAUGUUGUGGGAAGUCCUGGCAGUUCAUCUCCCGGACACUCGCCGAGGGACAAAGGUAAAGCAGUCGACCGCGGCGCUGGCUCAAAACCACCCUCUCCGCCGAGGGCGAAGCGGAGACCAUACGUUGUUCCUGAAUGGGCGCGAACAACAACUGCGACGCAACCUCGCCUCGCGGAGCAUGUACGGGCGCAGCUUGAGGCAGAGCAGGUGAAGAAGGAAACGGAAAAGGAUGCCAGACGACAGCGCAGAAGAGAGAGGGAAAGACAACGAACACGAACAAGAUCGAAUCCCGCGUCGAUGGCCUCAACCGAGCCCGCGCAGAUGCCUAGUGCUGCGGGGACAAGUGCUCCGAGCUCGCCCGUAGUCUUGGGGAAUGCGAGCAAGGCAAACCAGCUCUCCUUGGCUUCUGGGACAAGGCCGAGGACACCACCAAGACCUUUAGUCGCAGAGAGCUCCGAUUUUGCCAUAUUCUCAUCUCCACUCAGGUCGCGAUCAACACUGCCUGCCUCUGGAUCUUCAGCCUCGUUACAAGGCUUGCUCGCGGUCGCCCCAGAGCAAAUACCUCUGCCCUCUACGCCAAAGACGCCCAGAACACCAAAGACCCCGAGACGGUCAAGGCGAUCGCUCACGGGAGACGAUGAUGACCUCUUCGGGUCGCCUCUGUUCACGCCGAAGCGACGACGCUCGGUGUCGCGGUCUCCAAAGCUGCCUAGCCUGUACAAAGGUAGGGGCCCGCUGUUCUCCGCCCGACGGUCAAGUGGAGAGCUACGCACGAGCAGCUCGCAAGCCUCGAGUCAUGCAGACGACCAGGCCGCCGAUGAAGAUGAUCCCCUGUCCAGCACCUUACCAGUCGCGAGCAGUGACGCCGAUGGAUUCGAUGAUCCGUUCUGGGGCCCAGUGGGUCUUCGUGGGCGUGAAGAGCGGCCGGGUAGGCGAAAUUGGGGCGAGUUGCUACCACCGUCAUCUCCUCUGCCUCCGUCAAGCCCGAUUCUGUCUCCAGUCGAUGGGGACGACUGGGGAGCUGAGGAGGCUGCAGAGAUGGCGGACGACCCGGAUGCCGACAACGAGGAACCUACGUCGCAGCUUACGCCAAGGGCUGUGUGUGCGGGAGACGGCGUCGCAAAGCCAGAAGCGUCAGCACCAACCCCCACGGAGUCUGACUUCCCCACACCGACGACAUCAGAGCUUGGACUCGAUGCUGGGGAGAGCGCAGCAACGUCUGAGGAACGGCCACCGUGCGAGGCCGGGACCGCAUACGCUGAUCCAUUCAUAGUCCACUCCCAGAGCUCCGAGGGUACCGAAGACGACUCGACGACACUUGGCCAAGGCUCGACCGACGCGUUCAGCGGGCUAAGCUCAGACUUUGCCGACUGGAUGGGCGGCCUUUCAGAGCCGAACUAUAACCCGGCCGAGUGGUUUGGCACGGACUCUGACUCGCUGGCCUCGAGUGAACUUGAGGCUCUGCUCAGCGACCUGCCGGCUGGCGGCGUUGGGGAGCCAGCGGUCAACGGCUGCCUCGAUGAUGCAGAGGUAGCGGCGUUCUGGGAGUCCUUGAAGCCGCUCAUGUCUGUGGAUUCAGGCGGCAACGAGGGAGAGGUUGGGCAAGCGGGCGCAGUGGGUGUGAGCGCGGAGAAGUUGGCGGAGAACAUACAGUCUUUAUUGGGCGGAUGUGUUCUGUGA